AGUGCCAUAUGUUUUGUUCACAGCCGGUCCCAAGCCCGGAAAAAGGAAGAGGGUUGCGGUAGGUAGCCGCGUAAAAUUUAGUCACUUUAUUAUUAAUGGAUCCAUGAUUGUCGACUCAAAAUAAUUUGGUACCAAGACUUAGUUGUUGUUGUAUUAGGUUAGUUGGAAUUUAUUAUUUGAGUGCUCAAGAUUUGCAUAUUUUCAAGGAAGCUAACAAUUAGAUUUUGCAUUUGCUGAUUAGCAAAAUUAUUGUUGAAACUUGAAAACAUACCAUUAUGUAGUAGAAUAUGGGUUUAAGUGAUAACUUGGUAGUAAUGGCAUCCGUAAUAAUGUCUGAUGUCUAUAGUUCGAACCCCAUGUCCCCCCUUCCCCAAACCCUUUCCAUGCAACCACACAAUUUUCCUUCCCCUAAAAGCCACAACCUUUUCUCCUACUUGUUCCAUUCAUUCAAUCCAAAGUUGUGGCAUGCACGUGGAGCUGCUGACUCCUCCUGUGUCUUUUGGAGAGAUUCACGUGAUUGUUGGCCCCAUGUUUGACAGAAAAACUACCACCCUUCUUUGCAGAAUUGAAUCUGAGAGCAGCAAUGGCAGAAGUGUGGCAAUAGUAAAAUCGAAUAAGGAUACAAGAUAUGGAUUGGAUUCAAUUGUGACACAUGAUGGGGCAAAAUUGCCAUGCUUGGCCUUACCUGAUUUGUCAUCAUUCAGACGAAAGUUUGGUCUUGAGGCAUAUGAUCAGUUAGAUGUGAUUGGUAUUGAAGAAGCUCAAUUCUUUGAGGACCUUUAUGAUUUCUGUCGUGAAGCUGCUGCUCAUGAUGGCAAAAGAGUAAUAGUUGCUGGAUUAGAUGGUAAUUAUUUAAGGAGGAGCUUUGGUUCUGUGCUGGAUAUAAUUCCCCUGGCUGAUUUUGUGACCAAAUUAACUGCUCACUGUGAACUUUGCGGUAAAUGUGCUUUCUUCACCUUAAGGAAAACAGAGGAGACACAGACUGAACUGAUUGGUGCGGCUGAUGUCUACAUGCCUGUGUCGGUAGCACUAUGUCAGCGGACAAGUAGUCAAGGAAGGUGCAAAGACUGUCCUGGAAUCUCAAAGCGUUCAGUGUGUCUCUUAUGCAUAGUUCAACUAAGGAAAACAAUGGAGACACAGACCGAACUGAUUGGUCUGUCUACAUGCUUGUGUGUCAGCAGCACUAUGUCAGCAGAUAAGUAGUCAAGGAAGUUGCAAAGACUGUCAUGGAAUCUCAAAAGGUUCAGUGUUUCUCUUAUGCAUAGUUCAACUGCUUAGUAGGAAAUCUGAAAUCUCCUAGUAUGCUCUGCCUUGUAGUCUACACAACUUGUCAAUAGUGAAAUUGCAAUUAAGUUAGGAAUUUUACAUCUUUAGGUCCCUAUCAAGAAUGUAGAUAUUGUUACAUCUAUUUAUGUGGUCAAUGUUUGAUAGAUGCUUUAAUUAUCAUCAAUAUACAUUGCUGGAAAAUAUAAAACUAUAGUGAAUGUGAAUUUGAAACAGGUUUUUUCUAA